AUGCACGCCUCUGCCCAAGUCCCCACAUCCGCCCUCCUGCACACCGCCGUCGCUCUCCUAUCGCCCUGCUUCUCGUCCGUACAUGUCCUUUCCGCUCGCCUUCCUUGCGAGAUUGUCCACGAAAUACACCAGUCUCUCCUGUCCUCGGUAGUCGCCUCUCUAGCCGAGUCCACCGACACUUUCCUCAAAGAUUACGAGGCUCGCGUUAGAGCGAGUCUUUGCCAGGAUUGCAGGGAUUACAACGAGCUCAUCUUCGGGCCCGAUGUCUGGGCUUGGGAGGGAUACAAGGGAGCGUGUUACUGCCGGGAUGGCGCAGGAAGAGUUAAGCGGUCUUCGCCCUGGAGCGUUACAGAGCUCUUCAGACAACUCUUGGGCAAGGCGGUACUCCAGCCUGUGGCCAAGAAGUCGAUCGCCCAGGCCCCAGUACCCGCAUUCCCGAGCAAGGAGGCCUGGCUCGUCGACCAUCUCAGCGGGCAUGAACUCUGCCGCGGGGUUUCUUCUGUCUUCGACGCGGUUGACCUGGCGUUGGAAUGCUAUGGCUGCAGUACCUUGCCUCUGUCGUCCGCCCUCUGCAUUCGUAGUACGACAGCUAUCGUCCCGACGUCCGAGUAUCAGCAUAGGGACGAAUGGGAAGCUAAAUGCGCCGUGAAAAGAGUCGUCAACGAUUUAAUGCUUUCAAAUUCACAAUGCACCUGGAGUGGUCGGUCUUCUACCUCUAUGGCAGCGUGCGGCGGUUUCCCGUUCGCGCGCAAACCAUCCGCCGCUGUAGUGCUUCAAGCACCCAGAACCGUCUUCGUCGGCUCCCCGUUCAGCGCUGGUGGGAUGCACGGCGCAGCCGUCGGACCGAUCCACUAUGUCGUUCAGGCGAAGCGGAUGGCCCCGGUAUUCUUUAUGACCCUCUUGGCGCUCUUUAUUGUGCUGGGUUUGCUGAGUGUAUGCGCCUGA